UGGGGCUGGGAUUCGGAUUUCCGGUUAACGGUUUAACCGGUAACCGUACUGAUAACCGUGAUUACCAGUUAAACCGUUAACCGGAAGGUAACGGUUGUCGGAUGGAAGAUUGGGAUGGCGGUAAUACCGGAACCCGGGUGCCUGUUAACCGGCGGCAACCCGGUUAUCCGAUACCGAUUUGCAGGGGGCUGCAGUUGUAGUUCUCCUAAUUAGUAAAUAAUACUCUAGUGUAUUAGGGAACGGAAUUGGACUAAUUAAUUACUAAAUUAAUAUGAGACCCUCGCUCUCUGCUAAGCUAACCCAACCCUCACGAGUUACAAGUAUCCCCGCCCAAUUGGAAGUUUGGAACCCCAAUCGGCAAUCGUGGUCAUCUCCGACGCCGGCGCACUCAGACCGACGAGCCACGAGGUAGCAGCCCAGCAGCGCAACCUCUCUGUCGACUCCAGCACCGCGUCCUAUCCGUCGGGCGUCAACCCCAGCGCGCUCGACUGCAUCGCCGGAGCAGCUUCCUGCUUCCCUGACCGAGUAGCCGUAGCAACCAUAACAUCGUGCGACUCCGCUUCAGCCUUCAGGGGACGAGCACAUCAUUUGAGCUGUAGAGGACUAGAGUAGAGCACGUGUGAACAGAAUAAGGAAGAGGGCAAGAGCCAAGAAACAGCAGCCCAGAAUUCACUUUUUAUUUAUUUAUAUAAAUAGAAAUCGCUUUGCUUUUCAUUUAACAAGAGGAAGUAAGCAGUUGGGUUGUAUUAAUGGGAAGCAACAACAGAAUAUAAAUAUAUAUGGAAGAGAUACGUUAGCUUGGG